UUCAGAUUAAAAAUUAAACAUGUUGAUACUCGUGUAGUAAAACGCAGAUGUUAUGCUUUAUUAAAUUCAAAGUCAGUCGCGUUUUGGCGCUUUUCACGAUCAAACGAGCUGAAGGAAAAACUCCUCAGAUGUUGAUUCUGAGUGACGAACGCGUUACUUCCCGAAAUUCACGGAACAGACAAAAUAUCACGUUAUUUGAGAGUCAUUGAGUGUUUUUGAGUCACUGAGGUGUUUUAGAUCAGUGACCUGCGGUGAAUGUGCAGGUGUGGCUCAGAAUGUCGGACACAGAAGACUCGGAUCUGGAGGAAGGAGUGGAUAUUGUGCGACACAGAACCAAGAUUAUCUAUCAGAACCAGUUCCCGUUUAUUCACAUGGAGCCGCCUGACGUCAUUUAUGAGCGGUGGAUGAAGAUAAAGCCGGAGGUGAAGAAGCAAGUGGGUCAUCUGAUGCACGUGUCUGUGUUUUGGUGGCACAUCCUCCUCCGACAGCAGGAGAAUCACCCCACCACCUUCUGGGCCGUGGAGAUGGGCUUCCUGGACUCCAAUGUGUCGAAUGAUUUGAGUUUGAAGAGGCUGGAGAAGAUCGAGAUCUUGGAAAGCAUCCUGGAGGCCAUGGAGAAAGGACUGUCUAACAGGGACAUGGAGAGGAAAGCCCGAGCCGUGGUGUCGUUGAGCAGAUUGUUCACCACGCAGGAGGAUUGUUUGACCGAAGCCAUCGCGUGGCUGCUGGACUCUGGAGUUCCUGACAUCCGUCGGAAGCUGCUGGAUCUCGGAUCGGUGGAGAUUCGCUACCGUACGCUCCGCUUCGUCUUCAAUGAGUAUGCGCGUUAUCUCCAGGUGGUGUCGUGCAGUAAAAAGAAAGCCAUCGCCGAGCUGAAAUCGGAGCCGGACUCUUGGACUUUAUCGAAAAGUGACGAGAUGAAAAACAAAGGAAAUGAGCAGUUCCAGAAAAAGAAAUAUGAUGUGGCUUUAAAGUGGUACACUAAAGCCAUUAAAUACCACCCUAAUAACCACAUCCUGUAUGGGAACAGAGCGCUCUGUUUGAUCCGCUCUGAGAAAUAUCUGAAAGCGCUCGGUGAUGGAAAGAGAGCCAUUAUAUUACAGCCAGACUGGGCGAAGGGCCAUUAUCGCUUCUGUGACGCUCUGUUCUACCUGGGGGAGCAUCAGAAGGCUCUGCUGGCCAACCAUCAGGCUCAGAAAGUGUGCGGCGCAGACGCGGAGGGAGUCAAAGACCUGCUGCAGCAGUACGAGCGUUUCCAGACGGAACUGCAGGAGAGCAAAGACAUGAAGACCAAGAAGACAGAAACAAAAAAGAUUUCUUCUAAGACGAGAGCGCACGCGGCCAACGAUUCUUCAGGUCAGCAUCUGAAGUCCAGUCGUCAGCCUGAAGCGACGUCUCGUUCCUCCAGCCUGGAGAGUUCGCAGAAAUCUGAAAACUGGAAAAACCAGGAUGAUGCUGCAGGCAACUCUGGAGCUCGAGCCCAUCCUGAAGGAAAAACUGACCGACUCAAAGACGUGAAGAGUGAAAUGAGUCCCCGGAAGACUAAGAAAGCUUCAUCCAGUGUUGCGGAGAAGCCAGCGGUGCGGAGCAAACACACGCCCGGACCGGACCGAGCCAACAGCCCUGCGGAGGCCACCAGUGAGGCGGAUGCGAAAGAGCGCUUCUGUGCCGCCGUUCAGGAGGGUCACACGGCUCUGAGCGACCAGCGCUGCCGAAACGCACAGCAGUCCUUCUCUGUGGCCCUGCGGAUACUGGAGUCCAGCGGCGCCGCGGCACUGGGUUUGACGGAGCUGGAUAAAUCUGUGCUCGUAUAUGGAUAUGCAACCGCCCUUCUGGAAAUCGGACAACCAGAGGAACUGGCUGAAGCUCAGAGGAAGUUCGCCACAUUGGAGUCGUCAGACAGGAAGUUUCAGUCACUGGUGCAUUAUGGGAUGGGGCGAGUUUAUCUUAAGGAAAACAGGUUUGCUAAAGCUCUGGAGCGUUUCUCUAACGCACAGCUGAUGAUUCAGAGACACGUCACACCUGGAAAACUCACCUGGCCGACCACUAAAACUAUAGUUGAGGAAACGCAGACGGCCCGUUUAAAGGAACAUCUGGAGAAGUUUAUAGAAGUGUGUAAGUUUCCUCCUAAAGCAGACGCCAUGUGUCGGCAUCAGCACUGCCUCGCUCACACCAUCCAGAUCUACUUCAGCGAUCCAGACUUUAAGGGCUUCAUCCAGCUGACGUGCUGUCAGAGCUGCAGGGUCGAGUUUCAUAUGAGCUGCUGGAAGAAGCUCAAAACACUUUCAUUCUCAGAUAAGAACGACAAGGAUUUUCUAAAAGACUCAUGUUUUACGCCAGACUGCAGAGGUCAGAUCUGUCACAUUGUAAUAUUUGGCUCGACGGGGCUGAUAAAGUGUGAGUUUAAAACGUCUAUUCCUAAAAUCAGACCUGCUGGACGAGCGAGAAUCAAGCAGCCGUGUACAAGUAUUAAGAAGUUGAAGUCUAAAAAUGAUCGCAAACUUCGGCGGAAACAACAGAAGUUGGCGAGACAUUCUGCUUGUCAAAAGAGAGAUGAAGUAAUGGCUGCGGAGGCCUGUAAAGAGCCGGCGGCCGAGCGAGGAUCAUCGCCACACAGAGUCUCUAUUUAUGUGGACCGUGUUUUACAUCAAAUUCAUGAUAACAAAGGACUAUUUAAAGAAGAGUCAGAGAAUAUUUCUUUGUUUUGGGAGCAUCUGCGGCCGUGGCUGGACUUGUUUGAGAGUAAAGGACAGGUGAGUGUGUUAAACGGCCAUAGAGACGUCGAACUGCUGUCGGACCUGGUGGAUCUUCUGCUGGAGUCCAGGAACCGGAUCUGGGCGCGAGUCUUUAUCCAGACGCUCGGAUCUGUGCAUCAUAUCAAACCCAAACUGCAGCAUUGGGCUCAGCAGCUGGAUAACUCUGGUCUGAAAGCCGCGCAGUCGUUCAUCAGUCGUUACAGCGCUCAUCUGGAGGAGCUGGACCUGAAGCCUCUGCUGUCCUUUACACCCCUGCAGGAGACACUUGAGAAAUUCGGCACCGUUUCGGAGUUAUUUGACCGUGAAAGUUUUACUGUAAUGGAGUAUUUAAGACAAGCUCCCGCUAAAGAAAUGCGUCUGUUUAUUUGGACUCUAGAGUCGAAUCGAGAGCGAUAUCACACCUGUCACUCCAUUCUCGAUCAAUAUUUUGAAGACGAUGCUGUUUGUUUAGUCAUUAAAAAGACGGAUGAUGAAGAGCACCUGAGUUCAGUAUUUAAGAGUAAAAACAGACACCGCAAGAAGAAGCAGAAGGAGUUUAAGUCUGUUAUUGUGCUGUCUGGAAUGAGAGGUCAUUCGAGAGAUGAAGAUGAGGAGGAUGAGCUGUUCUCUGAGGAAGACUCUUUGUUGUUCCUGAACGGCAUGGAUCCAUUCAGCGUUCCCGAUCACCUGCGAGGUCAGCUGGCAGAGUUUGAGGAGCAGUACGCCGGAUCAGCACACCGAAGCCAUUACGAGAGAAUUCUGGACAAUCACCCCGACCCGAUUAAAGAAAGUUUAUAUGAUUAUUUUGCUCAGAUUCUGGAGGAACACGGGCCGCUGUGCGCCUCAGACCCGCUGAUGGUCGGUGAGUUGGAGAACUUUCCUCCGGAGGCGCAGCAGAAGAUCGCAGACGCCGGCGGACUCAAAUCUUUCCUGCUGGAGUCUCUGCGCUUCACUAUGACGGACGACCUGAUCGGACUGAUGAAGCACGCCGUGUCUCUGACCGAUAACGGCCAGCUGCCGUCACACCUCAACCCGUCCGCCCAAGAGUUCUGGCCACAUGGAAACGCCUUGAGCGAAGCCGUGGCACAAAUCAGUUUGGUUUCUUUCGAUAACACAGACGAGCCUGCGUCUUCGGAUCCGUUCCCGCUUCUCCCCGAUCCGUAUGACUUUGAGUGUCCCGUCACAGAUUAUGAGUAUUUGACCGCAGACAUGAUGGACGCGGCUGCCGAGAAGCACGUUUGCGACACUGUAGAGACGAGAGAGGACAAACACACAGCCGUGUGUGUGUGGGAUUUUGCAGACCGUACAGAUGUUUCUAUCAACACCGAGCCGUACGCUGCCUUCGAGAGAAACAAUGGCGACAUGAUGCAGAAAGAGAAACAGAAGCUGCAGAUGUUGAAGAAGCUCCAACAGAUGAAGGACGAUUAUGUAGCCGUCCAGCGGAAGAGGGCCGAGGAAAUAUCAGCGCUUCAAGAGGAAACCCAGAGAAUCUCACAGACCAUGCAGAUCGCCAGCGCAGAGCUCACCAUGUUCCAGCAGAAACUAGAGGAGGAGGUCAGGAAAGACCAGCAGGAGAAGAAGGAGAACCAGGAGACUCUGAAGAACCUGAAGAUGGAGAUCAAAGAUCUGGCAGAUUUACAUGAUAGUUACAUCAGAGACAUCAAUGCCAAGAAUAAAGAAUAUCAGACUGAACUGGAACAAUUCCUGGAUGUCAAUAACCAGUGUGCGGCCGAGCGGAUGAGCCUAGAGGAUGAGAUCAAGAGGUUCAGAGACGCGUGUGUGAAAGCGCAGAGGAGAUCCACUGCGGCUCAGCUGUGUGUCCUGCAGAGCCGACGGGAACACGCGCUGCGGCGGCUGAGGAUGAACGUCUCCGAAGGCCAGAUGAUAGUCAAACACAUGACGGAGGCGUCGCUCAGUUUCCCCGCCGCUGUGCUGCUGUCAGCCAUAGACGACUGGAAGAGACACGUGAGGGACGUGGAAGACAGAAUCAGCAGGACUCAGAUGGAGUUUGACGCACAGAUGGACGAGGUGAAGAAGGGCACUAGACUGUGUUCGCUGCCUGAUAUCAGCAUUCCCAGUGUCCCCACUGCGCCCGCACUGCCGGCGAUUCUUCCGGCUCCGGUUCCUCAGCAGUCUGGCUCACACUUCUACGGCCCUUACGGGUCACUGCCGCCCGCCCGGACCCCCACGCCCACAGGACGGGUCACGCCGCAACCCGCUGAGAGGCUUCCUGAAGAGCCUGUGAGCCGCCGGCCCUCGGCCCCGCAGCACCUGACUGUGUACGAGCGCAUCCUGGAGCGGCUCAACAUGAUGUUCCCUCAUUACAACAGGCUGGUGUUGAACAGGUUCAUUCAGGAGGUUCGCUUGUCCAGCGGAGGCGCUCUCGACACACUGACCUAUGAUGACGUCAUCAACCGCGUGGCUCAGCUGAUCCUGGACCAUCAGGAGAACACGCGUGAUCACAUGAGCGUCACGGAUCGCGCGAGUCCUGCAUCUGACACCAGAGUCACGGCAUCGCUCACACACGUGUGGAAGAACGUGUCGGACAAACAUCGCAACUCUGCACUGGCGCUGAACAUGGAGGAUCCGUGUAUCAUCUGCCAUGAGGACAUGAGUACUGAGGAGAUGUGUGUGCUGGAGUGCCGCCACAGUUUCCACAGAGAGUGUAUAAAGUCGUGGCUGAAGGAGCAGAGCACGUGUCCCACCUGUCGAGAACACGCGCUCUUACCGGAGGACUUUCCGCUGCUGCCCGGCCGACAUCGCAAGAGUCACGCGCCCACGGCGGCGUUUCACUGAGACAACCGCUGCGUCUGUAUAAUCAGCCUCACGUCAGCCGUCUGCAUCAUCUUUAGUAACCCACAUUCAGAGUUAAAGUUUGGUUUUGGGUGAUGGAAGCUUUAGGGACCAAUCGGUGAUGUUUUAUUUCCAGAUCACAUGUUUUCAUUCCUGUAAUAAAGUUCAUUUGCAUGAACUGAUUUUACUCAUCCACUUUUACCUUUUAUUGCCAUUUUAACCUUAAUUUUACUUCAUUAAACAUUUGAUCAAAGAACAA